AUGCAGGAAUACAUCGACCUCGGACAUAUGCAGCUAAGCAAACUAACUGAGGCCGAAGGCUCAAAAUCAUUCUACCUACCACACCAUCCUGUCAUCAAGGAAGCUACGACAAAGGUUCGUGUUGUAUUUGAUGGCUCGGCAAAAAACAUCUACAGGUUUUCCCCCAACGAUGCGCUCUGUGUCGGCCCGUUCUUCCAGGACGAGCUACUCACUACAAUCUUACGGUUUCGGACGUAUCCCAUCGCUCUAGUAGGUGACAUAGCAAAAAUGUACCGACAGGUUCUCGUGCAUCCGGAUGAAGUUCCACUGCAAAGCAUUUUCUGGCGAUUUUCCUCCGACAUGCCAGUACAAACCUUCGAUCUACUCAUCGUUACUUAUGGGUUAGCUCCAUCGUCGUUUUUGGCAACUCGCACGCUGCUACAACUGUCUGACGAUGUAGACCGCUCAUAUUCCCUCGGCAGCAAGGCUCUCCGGAAAGGUUUUCAUGUCGACGACUUCAUUGGCGGGGAGCAAACAGUUGAACGCGCCAUCCGCUUACGCAUAGAACUCAGCAAAUAG